CCGCCGGUUCUGUUCUUCCUGGCCGGAGCUAUGACUGACGGGCUCGGGAAGGCGGAGUCGGGCGCCCAGGUUUGUUGUGAGGAUAAUAUGGAGAUGGAGACCAUGUAUGCAGCCUUGUGUUUCUUGUAAGAAGAAAAAAGCUGCUUGCACGGCUUGAGGGCAGAAGUUCUAUGAAAAGUCUCGAACCGUGUCUCUUUGCUGACGAAGGAUAUCCCGUUAAUGGAGAUAUUGUUGAAUUCCACGGUCCAGAAGGAACAGGAAAAACAGAAAUGCUCUAUCAUCUUAUUGCCCGUUGCAUUCUUCCAAAAUCAGGAGGUGGCUUGGAGGUUGGCUUGCUUUUUAUCGACACAGACUUCCAUUUUGACAUGCUGCGUUUAGUGACUAUUCUGGAACACAGGUUGUCCCAAGGCACAGAAGAGAUGAUAAAACAGUGCCUCGGGAGGUUUUUCCUUGUUAACUGCAGCAGCAGCCCUCAGCUGCUUCUUACCCUUUACUCUUUGGAAAAUAUGUUUUGCUCUCACCCUUCCCUCUGCCUCCUGAUUAUUGACAGUAUAUCAGCCUUUUAUUGGAUUGAUAGAGUCAAUGGAGGGGAGAAUCUUAGCCUGCAGGAAACAAACCUAAAGAGAUGUGCCCAGUUCCUCGAGAAGCUUGUAAAGCAGCACCAUUUAGUUCUGUUUGCAACAACACAAACAAUCAUGCAGAAAUCUCAGAACACGGCUGAAAACUCAGGAAAACACAGUGAUGCAGAUAUGGAGUACCGCCCUUACCUAUGUAAAUCAUGGCAACAGCUGAUAACCCAUCGAAUAUUUUUCUCGAAACAGUGCCAUCCAGGCAACACCAAAGGAUUUUCAAUUACUACUUGUCAUAUCCGAAAUAACAGUAUUGUAAAACGUUCGUUUAGCAUUACAGAAUGUGGAAUUCAAUUUUAACAUUGAACUAUUUUUAAAAGUGGACUACAUUGACUCUACAGUCAAAUUCGUUUAAACUUUAUAAUGCCGGUUUUUUUAAAAGCCUAACUUUUACAUUUUUGUACCAAUGUUUCCUAGAGUGUAAUUAAAAAAGUACACGCUUAA